UCUGAAAGCAAACAAAAACAGCAGAGGCACAAACAAAAACAGCAUCAUCAUCAUCAAGAACAAAGCUACGGAAAUGGGAAAAUUCCCACCUUCAUUCCGUUCUGCAAUCUCAUCGACAUCACUCAUCAAGAACACACCCUCUCAGCAGCAGCAACAACAACCCCAUUACUUUCCCAAGAAACUCACCAAGAAAAAUUCCCCAAAACCCCAUGAAACUGAAACCCCACCACCUCACAAAUCACUCUUUAAAACCUCAUCUCUAAAUGAAGCUAAAAGUCUCUUCAAUUCCUUCAUUUCAACUACAAAAGCCCCGCUACUAGACAACCUUCGUUUACACAACUCUUUCCUUCAAUCCUACACUUCAAUCUCCACCCUCGAUGAUUCCAUUUCUCUUCUUGAUCACAUGGUCAAGACCCUCCCUUCUUUAUCCCCUGACCGAUCCACUUACCAUGUUUUGCUUUCACAGUCUUGCAGAGAACCUGAUAGUUCUCUAUCUUCUGCUCAGAAAGUUUUGAACUUGAUGGUUAAUAAGGGGUUUAAGCCUAAUCAAUUUACUGUUGAUGUCGCAAUUAGGUCUCUGUGCUCCGCUGGGAGAGUAGAUGAUGCUAUUUUAUUGGUAAAGGAAUUUUCUUCGAAGCAUUCAAAGCCUGAUACUUUUACUUAUAAUUUUCUCGUUAAGUGUUUAUGUAAGAGUAGGAUUUUCAACAGUGUUUAUAGUUUCAUUGAUGAAAUGAAGAGUAGUUUUGAUAUAAAGCCUGAUCUUGUUACUUAUACCAUAUUGAUUGAUAAUGUUUGUAAUGCAAAAAAUAUUCGUGAGGCUGAUAGAUUGGUGGCUGUGUUAAAGGAAUGUGGGCUAAAGCCAGAUGCUUUUUUGUACAAUACGAUUAUGAAAGGUUACUGUUUGUUGAAUAAAGGUAUUGAGGCUGUUAGGAUUUAUAAACAGAUGAAAGAGGAAGGAGUGGAACCUGAUCUUGUUACAUAUAAUACGUUGAUUUUUGGGUUGUCAAAGUGCGGGAGAGUUAGUGAAGCUAAGAAGCUUUUGAAAAUUAUGGUUGAAUCAGGCCAUUUUCCUGAUGCAGUUACAUACACAUCAUUGAUGAAUGGGAUGUGUAGAGAAGGGGAUGUAUUGGGUGCGGCGGCAUUGUUGGAGGAGAUGGAAUUGAAAGGAUGUAGUCCAAAUUCGUGUACUUAUAAUACGCUGCUUCAUGGGUUUUGCAAAGGGAGAAGGUUGAAUAAGGGUGUUGAAUUGUAUGGGGUGAUAAAAAAGGGUGGUAUGAAGCUUGAGACAGCUUCUUAUGCUACGUUUGUGAGAGCUCUUUGCAGGGAGGGUAGAGUCGCAGAAGCUUAUGAGGUAUUUGACUAUGCAGUAGAGAGUAAGAGUUUAACUGAUGUAGCUGCUUACACUACAUUGGAGAGUACACUGAAGUGGUUGAAGAAAGCGAGAGAGCAAGGUCUUGCUGUAUAGAUGAUUGAUGUGUUCAUUUUAGUGAAAACAUAUAGGGAUGGAGCUCAACUUCCUUCAGAUUUCACAGAAAUGCAUCUAGUAGCCAGUGCAGUAUUGUGAGUUUGUGAUGUGCUUCGUAUUUAUGAUUUUGAAUUCCAGUAAUGAAAUCUUGAGAAAUCUGUAGUGGUGAAUUCGGCACUGUUUAUGGGCAAAUCCAAAUGCAAAAACCGUUUGUGUGUGGCCGAAAUUUAGAUGCAGAGCUUGCAGAACAUGUUUAGGCGAAAUGGAUGUUCACAGAUUUGGGACCUCAAAUCCAAAAUGGGCUCCAAAAGGGAUGGAUCCCAAGGUGGACAACCCAAAACAGAUGUGAAAAGUGAAUGUUUUAGAAUCAUAAUCUCCGCUUGUGCAUAAGGCAUGAUUGGUAUUACAGUGAAUUGUUUAAAAUUGUAUUUAAAUGAUUUUUUUUAGAUCUUUUUUAUUUUGAUAUCAGUAUAUCAAAAUAUUAUAAAAAAAUAUUAAUUUGAUGUUUUUUAAGGUAAA